AUGACUGCCGCGUCCUCCUCUCCACGCGGCACCUCUCCAAACUCUAGCAAACACCAGCCGCUGGAGUCCCAGGACGAUGCCAACGGCGCCGCUGCCCCAGAGCCUGAGGAUCCCCCCCGGGCGCUGGUUGGCGAGCCAAAUGAGGAGGAAAACCUGGAUCGCACACGAUGGUGGUUGGUUGCGUCCGCCUUUCCGUUGAUUGCUGGCACUUUGGGUCCGGUGGCUUCGGCAUUCAGCAUUUGUGCUCUGAGCAGGCCAUGGCGCCAAUACUGGCCGCCUGGAUCGAAUAUUGAUUCUGCGACAUAUAUCCCCGAUCCGAUAUGGCUCACCGUGCUAAACGCCAUCCAAUUAGUGAUGGCGUUUGUGUCUAAUAUAUUCCUUCUUCUCAACAUGGCCCGGCGAGUGAAGUUCACCGUUGCCCAGCCUAUUACAAUUAUUGGGUGGUACAUAUCGUCCUUCUGCCUUAUUGCGCUCUGCGCCACCGCAUCCGGACCUCUUAAGCAGGGACUAGACAAAUCUGUCGAACUCGUCUUGUCGCAGGCGUUUUAUUAUGGCAUCUGGGCUGCCAUUCUUUACUUUGUUGUCGCCUCUUUCAUGUCGGUCACCUUUUGGGGCGCCUCGACUGGCCACUUUAGCAAAAGCUUUGCCCUGACGUCCAGCCAGCGCACCCUCAUGCUCCAGACUAUUCUCUUUCUCAUGUACCUACUCAUCGGCGCCCUCAUCUUCAGCAAUAUCGAGGGCUGGAAUUACCUUGACGCUGUGUAUUGGGCCAAUGUCACCCUAUUCACCGUCGGCUUUGGCGAUUUUGCCCCCACAACCAAUCUCGCAAGCGCUCUUUUGUUGCCAUACGCGCUGAUCGGAAUUAUCAGCCUUGGUCUGGUUAUUGCCUCCAUUCGCAGCAUGAUUCUGGACCGUGCCCGGCGGCGCGUCGGCGUUCGCAUGGAAGAAAAGACGCGAAGGAGACUGGUCCGCAGCUUGACAAAGACGGGCAAGGACACCAUCCUGAACCCCUUGUCUGGCGACGAUACCGCCCUAAGCCCGCACGUCAGCAACGAGUUCGAGCGUCGUAAGAUCGAGUUUGAACUCAUGCGUAGCAUCCAAGCCCGCGCACUGGCGUGGCGGCAGUGGAUGGAUCUGGCUGCCUCGUUUGGCACCCUGAUUGUUCUGUGGCUUCUCGGCGCGCUCGUGUUUUACUUCACCGAGCGGGACUACCAGCCCCCGUGGUCCUACUUCGACUCUUUCUACCUCUGCUUCGUCUCCCUCACUACCAUUGGCUAUGGCGACCGCGUUCCCGUCUCCAACGCGGGCAAGUCCUUCUUCGUCUUCUGGUCGCUGCUCGCCUUGCCCACCAUGACCGUUCUCAUCUCGCACAUGGAGAACACCGUCGUCAAGUUCGUCAAGGAAAUGACCAUCCGGCUCGGCGCCGUGACCAUCCUCCCGCGCGACAAGAUCAUCGCCCAGAUGGAGCGGGAGCACCUCAAGCAGUAUAGCACCGCUCCAGGCGGCCCACGUCCCCCGAUCGGCGCGCCCACGGCGCCGACGACCCCGACGCCGACCUGGGCACGCUCCGCAAACGCGCCCGCCGCCUCCGCGCAGAACGGCGCCCGCCACCACCACGAGCACCGCCCGCUCGACGCGCUGCCCACCGGCCGCGAGUUCCAGCUGCUCCUCGUCGCCGAGAUCCAGUCCGUCACGCAGCACCUGCGCGAGUCCAAGCCCCGCCGGUACUCCUUCGAGGAGUGGGCCUGGUUCCUCUGGCUGCUCGGCGAGGACGAGCGCGACGCCGGCACCCACCGCAAGGCCCGCCCGGACGAGAAGCGCAUGCGCGACGUCGCCGCUGCCCAGCGCGGCGGUCCGCCCGACGCCGCCUACUACAAGCAGAAGCAGAAGCAGCAGCCGUUCCAGUGGUCCUGGGUCGGCAACCGCAACCCCCUGACCGCGGACCAGGAGGAGAGCGAGUGGGUGCUGGACCGCCUGACGUUUCGCCUGCGCAAGGCCCUCGAGGAGGACGCGGACAAGGAGGAGGCCACGGCGGCGGAGGAAGUCAAGCGAUGCUUGGCACCGGACACGGAGCUGCAAGUGAAACGUAGUCAAUGA